UUUUCAUGCUGAUAUUGUGCUGAUAAGCCUGCUAGCAUCUAUUACUAUCGCUGUGGUUGCAAUUACGGUUGGAUUUCUAAAGUAUAGAAACGAUAGAAUCAUACAAGCAAACCCCAUACAUUCAGAUACACCAAAUAAUGAUCUAUAUGCACUGGACUCUGAAAAUCCCUCUUCAGUUGAACAUAUAUAUCAUAGCAUAGAAACACCUUCAGGAUAUGAAGACCAGCCUAGGCCUAGCCCAUCACAAGACCCUAUCUUUCAUACAUUGCCACCCUCAAGUGUUGAACCCUGGGUAUAUUACCAUCCAAAUAACAGACAUAUUGACGAUCCUGAUCCCACUAUAUACUUUCAGCCACCGAAUACCACCUUUAAUACCUCAAAUGAUGAUAUGUAUAUCCUUAGGCCUAGCCCAUCACAAGACCGUAUCUUUCCUACUUUAACAUUGCCACAUUCAAGCAAUGAACCCUGGAUAAACUAUCAUCCAAAUAACAGACACAGUGACAGUGAUGAUACCACAAUAUACUAUCAGCCACCAAAUACCAUCUUAACCACCUCAAAUGGCGAUAUGUAUCCAAGAACUCGAACAUUGAUGUCAGCUUACGACCCAAAUUGGAGUCUGAGAUGUUCCUCAAAUUAUUUCAAUGCUGGUAAUCUUAACAAUUGAUAUGAGGAUGAUGUAUCAGGACAGGUAAGUUGAAUUUAUAUUUCCCUCUUCUAUGUUCCUAUAGCAACAGUUAGGAACCCGCUAAAAGAUUUUCUAAUCUGUCAACUUAUUCAUCCAUUUCUUGAAAUACGAAAUGAAAUAUUUAUAUCAAGCAACUUAGAAAUAUGCCUUUUUGUGGGAUUAUAAAGAGAUUACAGUGUAAUACAUGUAUAAUAGUGCAGUUGUAAAUGCUGAAUGAGUGCUGGGUUCAGCCUUAAGUGUGUCAACAUUGAAAAUAAAAUCUGAUUAUAUGGGCACCCAUGGGAUUUUUAAACAAGGGCAUUAAGAUAUCACACCUGGUUGCAAUAGACUAGUUGCAUGUAGAAUUGAUCAUGAUUUUCUUAUCAAAUAUUACAAAUAUAGACAAAGUGAUAUCAUAUUUCAAAUCUACAUUCAAAAUUACAUCUAGAAAUAUGGUUUAAAAUUAUGUUGAUUAUUAAGUUUGAAAUUUUAGUUUUCUUUGAAAAUGUGAAUUCUAGGUUGGGCAGAUUCCCCAUAGAGCUCAGGCUAUAAAAUCAUAAAUUAAAGUGAACUAGAAAAACAGCAACUCCACAGAGUAGCAAAUCCCACCGAACAAAACAUGUUUUUUUAUUAUUAGUGGCCAUCUUCAAAAUUCCUUCUUGAGCAGAGCUUGUUUGUCCCUAGGCAUCAACAUAUAAAAUGUAAACCAUAUCUGUAAAUUAGCAUUUGAGUUAUCAAGAUUACAUUCCUUUUUUACGAAAAAUGACAGCCAUUUUUAAAUUCAGCCGCCCUUUUGAAAAUCUUUCUCAAAGAGAGCUACUGUGUCCCUAGCCAUCAGCAUCUAAAAUUUGAACAAAAUCCAUUCACUGCUAUUUGAGU